UGUCACGCCGCGUGUUCUCAGGGGUUUUUCGUUCGAUCCUCUAGUUUUGUGGAUAAAACAGGAUGCAAACUCCUUUGUUCGGAUUAGAACCACCAUCCGAUGAAGAUCGCGCAAGCCGUUUCCACGGGCACCUUUUGCAGGCCGAGUGGGAUGCUGUGAUAGGAUCGUCGACAUUCCAGGACGUUCUUGAGAAGGGUGCCAACCAAACUGAGGCCACUGAGAAGGAACUGCUCCAUCUCGCCAUCGCUGCACUGUUGGCUUUUGUGGAAAACAAUUUUCUCGGACCUCGACGUGCCGAUAAUGCCCCCGCGGACGUCGAGUUGCUGCAACAGCUUAAGGUGGACGGUGAGGAGUUGAACGUUAAUGUGGAGCGACCGGAUUGUCUGCUGGUUUGCAGAAGGAUCUUUCAUACCCUUACCAUCGAUAAGAGAAACACUGGGGAUGAGCCGACGCUGGAUUCCCGUGUAUGGUAUCAACGAUAUCUGCUCAUCCACCAGCGUUGCAUCGACGAUCUUACACACGGACUGUACGAGCUAUUCAAUGAGAACGCAGGUGCCCUCGAAACCUAUCUAGAGCAAGGAUCUCUCGAUGUGGAGAAGAAGAUCGAGCUCGCUUUGGAGAUUCUGCUCGGGUACGUGCAGUUCAAACGAAUCACGAAAUCGGAGUACUGGGCGACCAAGGUUGAAACGUGGUCCAAUGUGAACAUUUCCGUCGAAGGAUUGCUUGGUGUGCGCACCAAGUUCCAGCAGAAUCCCCUUCCUCAGCUAGCAUUAAGGGCGAAUGGCCACGAUGAACUAGGGCUGCCCGCAGCAUCGAUCACACAUGGCCACGUGGUGCUCCCUACGAUUCUUAAGCUCGAUGAUGAGGUGAGACUGGAUAAGAUAAAAUUCUUGAACGAAUCCCAGAACGACGAUGUCCAGCUACCUGCCCUGAUACAAAAUAUCAUCCUGGCUAAACUGAAGUUUCUGUACGUAUCACAACCGAAAGAGCAACUGACGAUGGAAGAACUGAAUGCGUAUGUCACGGCACUCGUAUACCAGCACCACGGUCCGUGGGCAACGCGUGUGGCCGUCCUGUAUCUUAAUGCAGCGAACGAAUGCACCCAUAAACGUACGGUCGAUCGAUCGUUGCGACAACUCGAGGAGCUCGUCCAGCUGAUCGAUGGCAGUGGAAGUGAUAAAACGCUCGCGAUCAGUACGCUCGAUCGUCUCUCGAUGGCGUUCAGCUCCUGGCUGAUACCCUGCUGGGAGAUGAAGGUAAAGCUGGCCGACGUGAUGGUGUCGUUGGGCAUGAUUAAAGGUGCUCUCGAUGUGUACCUGAGCGUUGAAAGCUGGGAAAACGUUAUCGACUGUUACACGGUUUUGGAACUGCGCCACAAAGCGGCCACCAUCAUCAAGCAGCUAAUGGAACAGCACGGUCCUUCCGUACGGCUCUACUGUAUGCUUGGUGAUGCGACGGAUGACACCGAGUGUUACCGGGCCGCUUGGGAACUGUCCGGUGAGACGAGUGCCCGGGCACAGCGUCACUGGGGAAACUACUAUUUUGCCCGCAAGGAUUAUGCAACCGCGAUCGGUCACUUGCGACGAUCGAUUGAGAUCAACAGCUUGCAAGAGCCGACUCUGCUGCGCCUGGGGUACGCGGCACUGCAGUUGGAGAACUGGGAAGAGGCAGCCCAUGCCUACCGUCUCUAUACCUCCCUCGAGAGCCACGGGUUUGAGUCGUGGAAUAAUCUGGCCAAGGCGUACAUUAAACUGGGGGAAAAGAACAGAGCACACAAAAUCCUCCAGGAGGCCCUCAAGUGUAACUACAACAAUUGGAUGGUUUGGGAGAACUAUCUGCUGGUGAGCGUCGAUACGCGCAACUACGAGGAUGCACUGAAUGCGUACGAGCGGUUGAUGGAGCUGAAGGACAAGUACUACGAUCAGCAGGUGCUGGAUCUGAUAGUUCGCGCCAUUGUUACCGGCGAGAGCGAAGCCGAUGGUCAACCGUGCAGUCGGCUACGGAAGAAAGCGAUCAAGCUGCUCGGGCAUGCCUGUGCACAGCGCACCAACAACGGGUAUCUGUAUGCGCUGGCUGCCGAGUUGGAGGAUACGGAUCUGCUGAAGCGUUGCCAGAAGCUACAGAACGCGUACCGGGGCUACACCCAGUCAAACAGCCAAUGGUCAAAGGUGGCCGAAAGCUGCCUCACCGUCGUCACACUUUGCGUGGAUCUAUGCGAGUACAGCUUACGGGCCUUUGUGGAAGGGAAGGACGAAGCGACCCUUUUCGUCUCGCUACGUUCGCAGCUCUCGUCGGCUAGGCUUACGGGCCAAGGUUGCCUUCGGUCGGCCAAGUCGGAAGACUGGCCUGCCUGUACUGAACCGUUGGCUCAACUGGAGGAGCUUGUGAACAAGCUUACGGUUGAAUUGAAAAGCGCUAUGGAGGUCAAAUAAAUCGGUGAACGGAAGAUCCGUUAUUGCGUUUAUUUA